CACAAUAAAAUUAAUAGAAUAAUCGAGAACGAUAGAAUUGAAAAUUUUUCGACAGGCGUUUCGGCCACGGAUAAAGUCUUAAAUAUUGUAAAUAAUUUUUUUAGAAACAUUAACUUCACACAGUAAUCAUGACACGUGGAAAUCAAAGAGAUCUUGCCCGCCAAAAGGCCCAGAAAAAGAAUCAAGAACUGAGUAAGGGAAAACGAAAUGAUAAUUUGACCGUGGAACAACGGAAAGCAAGAGAUGCUGAGUUGAUGCGAGAGAAACAGAAAAAGAAAGAAGAGGAAGCUCGUGCGGCUGCCGCGGGAAAAAGUUAAAUAAUCGUAAUAAGUCGCGGCAAUUCAAAUUAUAGCAGCCAUUAAAAUUAGUAACUUUCAAAAGUUGCAUCUACUAUAAAAUCAUGAGUUGUUCCGCCGCUAUAUUUUUCAUAUCUACUAGAACUCUAGCACGUAUUUCUAACUAGUUGAAGGCAUGCUUGGAAAAAUGUUGAAACGUAAACAAAACUUAAAGUGCAAAUCGUUAAGAACUGAAUUACGUAAGCACAGCAACUUUUCGGAGAAUAAUUUAGCAAGUUUUUGAAAACAACAAAUUGCUUUGCGGAUUGCUGUUGCUAGAGCUGCGAAAACCAAACUCACUUCCACAUACCUACCCAAACAUGUAUACAUCAUAUAUCAUUUUAUCAUUUAAUUUUGUAACAUUUACCAGUAAGUUUUCCCCGCUAUAUAUUUUCUCUAAACAUGAUGAUGAUAGUGAUUAACGUUAUUUUUACCUGACUAAAUUUUAACAUUUAAGAUGGAAUAAACAAAUUACGAAAAUUCAGAGUUAUAACUGCAACAAUUUUGAAAAAACAGAAAUAAAACAAUUUUAGAUAACGACUUAAGUUGAAAAGCAUCUAGAACUAGCAACAUGAGUAUAUAACACGACCAACAUGCAAUAUUCAUAUUGCAGACCAUUAACAAGGGAGUAAUGAGAGAGAAAUUAAAGAAUUCAAUUAGUAAUUAGUUACUUAGUAUUUUAAGGCGAUAUUAUGCAACAAAAAAUUAUAUACAAAUAAAUAUGCGAAAUCCAA